AGAAGAGUGACUUGGGGGUAAAAAAAAAAAGGUUCAGGUAAACAUUGAAUUUUUUCGACACGCCUAUCUUUCAAGUCAAGGAAAUAGCGUGUGGCAAGUAUGCACCUCAUCUAACUGGGGCCUGUUUGGCGCGUUUAUGGGUAGCAUUAAUGUCUACGCAUGCGUUGGUCUUUUUUUCAUUUUAUCUCUUUCUUUUACCUUUUAUUACCUUUCCCCCUUCCCGCAACGAGCAUUCAUCUUGGGGAAAUUUGAUUCGCUGUGCUCUUCAUUACCAAUCUUUCCAGUGAUCUCAUAACCUCGAGGCAACACACAGAGCACCGAGCUAGCGAGCAUUAGGGGCCCCCUUUGGCCAGCGCGUGCUGCGGGGCAGUACAGCAAUCAUACAACCCAGAGCUUCUUGUACCUACCUGUACCGACCUGCCUACCGCCUAAAUUCUCUCUUUACCUUACAGGGUAUUGGGAUUUUCACCUCAACUACUUGCAACUGUCUAAACCUAAGUACAGGCAGUCAGACACCUCACAAACCACAACCUAGUAACCCCAUGCACCUUGACAGGUUCUCAGAUGGUCUGAAAGGAUACUAGUCCAACCGGUUCCGACUUAUCUUUUUCUUUGUUUUUUUUUUUUUCUUUUUUUUCUUGUCUCUUCCUCUCCGCCGCAAUCCAUCAACUAUAUCCAGUGGGAGCAGCCGCUGGCAGAAAGGGGCAGAGAUAGGAUAAAGCAUAAAUCGUUGGGGAGUUGCUUUACUGGUGUUGUUCAGCCCAACGUCUUCGAAAGCUGUGGGCCUUUUCUUUUCUGUCUACCUCGUUAUUCGACCUAUCUACUACAUACACACUAAGUACCGACCUAAGUAAGCUGCACUGUCUACCUUUAUCUUUUUCACCAAUUCCGCCAUACUACUUUGCCUGGCCAAACCACGCGGACGCAGAGCCGGGCAGAAAGUAUAUGCGAGCCGUCAGUGGAUUUGCGCGCACGCCUAACGCGAGAACUCUUCAACAACUUUUGGCACUUCUUCACUUCCCGCCAAAAAAGGAAACCAGAUACAUACUGUUUUACUCGAAUUCACCCACAUCGGUUUUCCAAAGACCAGCAACAUUGGGGGUACGGGGGAGUUUGAGCGAGCGAAUCUCUGCCUGAGAGAGAGAGGGAGUGUGUGUGUGUGUUGUGUGUUGUGUGUGCGAGAGAGCGGUGGGCGAAAAUGGCGGUGGCAUCAGAGGACUCGUUACCGACGCUCAAGGUGUUGCUGGUUGGGUCAUCAAACGUCGGAAAGUCUGCCUUACUCACGAGGUACUGUCACGACAAAUUCGAGCCAGAAGAUGCAGCGGCAACGAUUGGAAUCGACUACAAGAGGAAGAGGCUAGCUGUCUAUGGAAAAGCAUACCAGCUCAAUCUCUUUGAUACUGCAGGUCAAGAGCGAUUUCGAACAUUAUCGACAAGCUACUACAGGGGUGCACAUGGGGUAAUAAUUGCUUAUGACAUCUCGAAUAGAAGGUCAUUUGCGGAGCUAGGGAGAUGGUUUGAUGAGGUCAAGUCAAAUACAGUGGCUGAGAUUGCGCUAUUCCUGGUGGGCACGAAGCUCGACAUUGCCGCGACAAAUAGGGCGGUGUCAUACGAGGAGGGACUCGCCCUGGCCCAGGCCAAUGGAGCACAGUUCUGUGAGGCCAGUUCCAAGACGCGAGAGAACGUACGAAAGCCUUUUGUCGACAUUGUCAACCGCAUUGUACAAGAACCGGUACUGCUGAAAAAGGUCAAUGCAUCCCGCAACAGCCACGGUACCAUCCAGGUCAACAAGGCGAACGCUGAAGAUGCCUCGUGGCUAUCCUGUGCGUGUUGAUCGAGAACAAGAGUCGAAGAGAGAGGGGAACAGAGAGGGGGCAAACAUGGCGGGAGGCGGCUCAGCCAGUUGUUUAAUCCCAUCCGCCUUGUAAUGUGUAUCCAACAAAGACUGCAGGAGCAUCAAGGGAAGCUUAAAACGCUGUUUCUAUUGUUAUUUUUCUUCUUCUUUCUCUCAUUUAUUUGCCAGACACUGUCAUGGGAUGAUAGAGAUGCGCACCUAAACGCAUGAUACCCGGGCUCUUGUUGGCUUUGUUUUUUUUUUUUUUUCUUUCUUUUUUUGGUUUUUUUUUGGAUCCCGUCAAGAGAGAGAGAGAG